AUGCCAGCCUACAACUCCAUGUUCAACACCGACCCCAACCCGCCCCGUUUAAUAGGCAACUUCCCCCUCCUCCCCCUCCGAACCAAGAUCCGCGGCCCCGUCUACCCGCUCCCUUUCCCCGAGCCGGCCCUCCCCGAGAAUGAGUCCCCCGACCAGGACUCAGAGUCCUACGACAUCCUCGACGAGGUCCUCGCUCUCUUCCGCGCCAACACCUUCUUCCGCAACUUUGAGAUCCAGGGCCAUGCCGACCGGCUGCUAAUCUAUGGCAUUUGGUUCGUCUCGGACUGCCUGGGCAAGAUCAAGCCGACGGCGUCGAGGAGGGAGGCGACCAAGGAGGUGAACAACUUGGCGUUGGAUACCAACUUUGCCAUUCCGGGCGACCCGAGCUGGCCGUUGAGACAGAUGUACGAGCCUCCCCGUGACAGACAAGACGCCGAGGUCCUUAGGCAGUACAUGAUGCAAGUCCGACAAGAGCUGGCGGAGCGGUUGUUGGCGAGGGUCUAUGCCGAUGAUGAGACACGGCCGAGCAAGUGGUGGCUGAGCUUCACCAAGAGGAAGUUCAUGGGCAAGGGUCUUUAA